UCAAGCAGGUCCCUCUUUAUUGCGCCACGCCCACGCACGCCCCGGUAGCUGUAGCUUGGACUGGAGCCGGAGGGGGCGCAUGACGACACACCCGGCCUCUGCGCCCGAGGAAGACGAGGUGGCGGUGGAGGUGGCGGUGCUCGCCGCCGCCUCGGAGGUUGACGCGCCGGACGCGGACGAUCGGGAGCAGCAGCAGAAGAAGAGGAGGAGGAAGAAGAAGAAGAAGCGGCGGAGGGCGCCGAGCGAGGAGGAGGUGGCCGCGCUCAGGUCCGUGCUCCGCUGGGCCAGCCGCGGCGAGGUAGCUGGCGAUGACGACGAGGCGGGAUUCGGGCACCCGCCGCGUGCCGGGACGCGGCGGCCGCGCGUGGCGGUGGAGCUGCACGCGCACUCGGCGCGCAGCGACGGCUCGCUCUCCCCCGCGGCGCUCGUCGACCGCGCCCACCGCAACGGGGUGAAAGUGCUGGCACUAACUGACCACGACACCAUGGCCGGUGUCCCAGAAGCCAUGGAAGCGGCGAAGCAGCACUCCAUCAGGAUCAUCCCCGGCGUGGAAAUAAGUGCCCUGUGCUGCUCGGAACCCGUCCACAUCCUCGCCUACUACGGCAGCGGGGGCCCUGCUAAAUCUCAGGAACUGGAGAGAGUUCUCGGUCGCAUCAGGGAGGGCCGCUACACGCGUGCCAAGGCGAUGUUAUCGAAGCUUGCGAGCCUCGACAUGCCGUUGAAGUUCGAAGAUGUGUGUGGUAUAGCUGGGGAUGGAGUGGCUCCUGGCCGGGUGCACGUGGCGCGUGCCAUGGUUGAAGCUGGAUAUGUUGAGAGCCUUAAGCAGGCUUUUAGUAGGUACUUGUUUGAUGGAGGACCUGCUUAUGCUACCGGUAGUGAGCCAACUGGGGAAUCUGUUGUGCAGCUAAUUCGUCAAACUGGUGGCGUGGCAGUUUUGGCUCAUCCGUGGGCAUUGAAAAAUCUUGUUCCUGUGGUAAAGGAUUUGAAAGCUGCUGGUCUGCAUGCUAUGGAGGUCUAUCGAAGUGAUGGGAAAGUAUCUGGAUUGAGUGAUCUGGCAGAUACGUAUGAGCUUCUUAAGCUCGGUGGAUCAGAUUAUCAUGGGAGAGAUGACAAGGAAGAACCUGACGUAGGAAGUGUUGAUCUUCCUGUCUUGGCAUUUUUUAGAUUUCUUGAGGUAGCUCAGCCAAUCUGGCGUAAUGCUAUCAAGGAAUGUAUUGCAAAUACCGCUAACAAGAUACUCCUACCUGGUUUGAAUGGCUCAAAAGGAUGCCGACUAGCUAGCUCUGGAAAAGAUAUUUGCAGUAUGUGCCUUUCUUCUCCAGACCUGAAGGAAGCAGAUGCUUCUGAGGUUGAGAUCCUCCAAGCAGAAUUGGCAGACAUUAUCCUCACUAACAGCGUCUGCAAACUACUUAUUGAGCAAUGAACAGAAAUCAUCUCCCGUCUCGACUGAUAUAGGCUGGUUUCUGCAGUUUUAGGCAUUGACUGCUAGGACAUGAUCCCAACUGGACUUCAAUGUAUUCAUAUUGUGGAGAGAAUAGAAAUUUUCCAGCGGGCACACAGUGCUACUGUAUAUGAUUGAUUGUCUGGAUUGCAGUGGUAAGAUCCAGAUAUUAACCAUCAACUUUUCUGCAGCUGUUUUUCAUAUUUUUGCUUGACCAGUUGCAUGUCAUGAGAAUGAUGAAGCCAAAUUCUUCUUUGGUUUUUAGAAGAUGCCACUUCACUUGUACUCCGUAGGAUAUAUGCAGUAUAUGUUUCAUGUA